AUGAGCGGCUCUUCCGAAACCCAACUCUCUUCCUCCCCUCAAUCUAUCAAAGAUGCCGAUCAACCAAGCUAUUCAGCAAGCCCCGAGCCCCGUAAAUCAACCUAUAGAAUCCUCAGAGAUGCUGGAUUCCGUAGCAUGAACGAUUUCAUGUUCUCACAUGGAUUGAAAUUACACAAUGAUGAAGAUCUAGAAAUGGCAAAAGAAAUGAUUGAGAGAAUGAAGGAGGAGGAUUCGAUGGGGGAGGAUCUAAGAAGAUUGGAGUUCAGGGCGGCUAACGAUGAAGAGGAUGUGGAGGAUAGGCGAGGUGUAGAGAGCUCGGAAGAAGAAAAUGGCGUGGUUGAAUUAGUCGGGGUUUUGGAUGUGGUUAGUGAUGAGGAAGAGGAUGAUGGUUUCGUGGAAUCAAUCGGGUAUUUGGACGUGGUCAGUGACAUGAAAAGGGAAGAUGAAGAUGAUGUAGAAGAGUCAGCCGGGGUUUUAGAUGUGGUUAGUGAUGAGGAAGUGGAUGAUGGUGCAGUGGAAUCAAUCGGAUUUGCGGAGGUAGUUAGUGAUGACGAAGUGGACGAUGGGUCUCAGGUGUCUGGGAUUGAGACCGUGGAGGAACUGGAUAGGAUUUCAUCCAGGGAAAAAGCAUCGGAUGAGAAUGUCGAUGUUGAUGUUGAUGUUCAUGGAGAAAUGGUAGACGAUGAUAGUGUCAGCGAGGCUUUUGGUUAUGAAGAUUUUGAUGGUGGAGGUAACGAUGAUUAUGGGUAUUUCUACGAUGAUCAGAAUGAUUUCGUGGAUGACUAUGAUGAUGAUCCUUCCUACAAUAUUUAG